UUCGCCCUCUCUCUUGCCGGUAAUUUCCAAAACCCUUAAUCCUGUCCUCCCUCUUCUCUGAGCUAUCAAGUGUUAAGGAUUUCAGAAGAAGAGGAUAAAAUUUGUUGGGAUUUCUUGUAAUAAUUUUUCAGAAAAGUAAUGGAAGUCGUGUUUCUGCAGCAAGAGGCGGCAUAACGACUAUUUAAAUUUCGUCACCAGUAGCGUUUUGCUCUCAACGACGUGGUUCUCCUCAAUAGCUGUUAUUGCAUCUUUCAUUAGAUGGAGAUGAAAACUACAGAAGUGGGUUUAACUAAUGACGAUGAUUGUAGCUUGCACCAAGAGAUGGAAACGAAAAAAUGUAAAUGUGGUGGUUGCAAACAGUGUGAAAUUAUUAUCGCUGAUGAUAUUAUCAAUCAUACAUUUCCAACAUCUGAGGUAGCAUAUGAUGUGUAUGUGAGAUAUGCCAAAUAUAUUGGCUUUGGAGUUUGGAAGGGCGAUUUUGUGAAAACCAAAUAUGGUUGUUACUCAAGGCGAAGGUUCUUUUGUAAUAGGGCCGGAUUGAGAGAGAGAAGAAAUAUUGUGACAAUAUUUCACGAAAAAGGGAGCAAAGAGCUGAAACAUGAACUAAUUGUCAAGCUAAAUUGUGUUUAUACUUUGAUAAAAGGGCAACUGUUUGGAGGGUUAAGAAUUUGUUCGAUGAACAUAACCAUGACUUAGUACCACAAUGCAUGGUUCACCUAAUUCCGAACCGUCGACAUUUAACUGAUGCAAACAAGGCACAAGCCGACAUCAUGCAUAUGUAUAGUGUGCCAACAUCUCAAAUUAUGGGAUUUAUGGUUGGGCAAGCUGGUGGGUAUGCCAGAGCUGAUUUUACAAAGAAAGACUUAGAUGGCCACCUUGACAGGAGUCGACGCUUACAUAUUUUAAGUGGUGAUGCCAAUGCCACCAUAAGCUACCUGUUUGGAAAGGAUGACGUUAACCCGAUGGUUAUGGCACGAUAUAGUUCAACUGCGGAGGAUUGGUUAUGUAGUUUAUUUUGGCCCGAUGGAAUAUGCCGAGCUGAUUAUUAAUAUUUUAGUGACGUCCUUGCGUUUGAUGCUACAUACAAAAAGAAUAAGUACAAGAAACCAUUGGUAAUCUUUUCUGAAAGUAACUAUCACAGGAAAACGUGUAUAUUUGAGUUUGUCAUACUUGAUAAUGAAAUGGCAUCCACAUACAAGUGGCUACUGGCUAAUUUUUUGGAAGUCAUGAUGAACAAGCAUCCUAAAGUUGUUGUGACUGAUGCAAAUGAAGCUAUGAAAGAGGCAAUUAAUGAAAUUUUUCUAAAUACAACCCAUAGAUUGUGCGGAUGGCAUCUUUAGAAAAAAUGUUACUUUGAAAAUCAAGGACCCAGGCUUAUGUGAAUCAUUUAAGAAGUUCAUUUAUGCCAAGUGGGAUUUUGAUGAAUUUGAGGAGGAAUGGUCAAAAUUCGUUGAAGAGUUUGGUGGUAGUGACACGUCAUGGAUGGACAAACAAUAUGAAAACAAAGAAAGUUGGGCCAAGGCAUUUCUUCGGGAUAAAUUUUGUGCUGUUUUAGAUGUGAAGGCAUUAACAACUUCAUAAAGAGAUUUGUUCAUUCAAAGCACAAAAUUUUAGAGUUGGUGGAGAAUUUUGAGCAGGAUUUACGAGAUUAUCGCAACAAUGAUAUGGUUGGUCAAUUCUAGACAAUCAAUUCUGAUCCUGUUUUGACAACUAGCUCACAAUCUCUCAAGCUUUGUGCUGCAAACAUCUACACUAGAGAGAUAUUCAAACUAGUGAGGAAGCAAAUUGAAGAAGUGGUUUCUUUAGACAUUAUACAUAGUCAGCCCCUUUCCACAACUAUGGUAUACAAGAUUUGUGCUUUUCAAAAGAGGGUCAAAAUAUUUACAGUUGUAUAUGAUCGCAAUGAGAAGAAAUUGGAGUGUGAAUGCUGUCAUUGGGAUCAUGAAGGGUAUCCUUGUAGUCGUAUGUUGUGUGUGCUGAGAUGAGAGGAUGUAGAUGAAUUGCCAGAAACUCUAAUUCUAAAAAGAUGGACCCCAGAUGCAAAGAAGUAUACUAAUGAUCAAAUAGUCAAAAGCACUGCAAAUGAUGUUGAGAAAGGUUUUUUAAUGAGAUAUGGUGCUAUGUCAGUUGCCACAAUGUGGAUGUCAUUCCUUAUGGCUCAAGAAGUUCCACUUUUUGGUGAUACGAUGAAUGAAGUUACUAGAUGGACCAAAGAUCUAGAGAAAAGGUGCAGCAAUAAAAUGCAAAAUGGGAUUACUGAUGUAUUGCAUCCUGCUGCUAAAUUUGUUGGUGAUCCAUGUGUCGCUAUGACUAAAGGUGCACCCAAACUCAAGGAGAAUGAAACUAGGAAAAGGUCAUGUUCAAAUUGCUUCGUGAAGGGUCAUACAAAGAGGCAUUGUCCAAAGUUGGUUGAUGAAGGUGACCGGAGCCAUGACCAUCUCCCUUCUCGAUGUACAGACACAGAUGAGGCAACAAAAGAUCCUCUUGGUGCCACUAGGAGUGAGAAUAAUGGUCGCAACUGUACUACAGAGUCUAGUACUAAGCUCAUGGGUUCUCAAUCGAAUCUGGCGGGUACAAGAGCAUUUUCAGGGGUCCAAUUUUAUCCAACUCUUAGUAACUUAUUUCUAACGCCACAGGGUGGAGUAGCCAACCAACCACUCUGCAAAAUAUUGGGCAUCAAUGGCUCUUACAUGUCAUGGAAGCUAGGAAUACCUUGAAACAAUAGUGAAAAUUAACUUAAUUUGUGGAGUAGAUGAGCUUUUUGCUUCUGGGAUGCUACAUUACCUUGCUGAACCAUUCCAAUGUUGUUAGUAUGUGAACUGUGCAAAUUUUUGUCCUAUUGUAAUUUAUUUUUGUUAAAUGUAUUGUACUCAGUACUCACAGUAUUGGUUCAAUGAAUUCUAAUGGUUGUGUUCAAAUAUUUGAUACGGAGAUUCUUGUGGACAGUAACACUCCCUGGUAAUUGAGUAAAGAAAUCUUCAAAGUUUCUACUUUAUUAUUUAGAUGUUUAGAUCAGCCACACUGA